AAUGAAUGUUAUGAAUUGAAUCAAUUGUUUCUAUUUUUAUUUUUAUUCUUUGCUUGUAUAUGGACUGAAAGUUGAUUGAAGGAAGCAAGAAUUGUUAUUGAAUUGAAAUAGAAUCGAAGUUGAGUGAAUUUAGAUUUAGUUGCAUUUCUUGUUGCACACGAGUUAUUGAAUUGAUUCAAAUCGGGCGUUACAAUCAAUUUAUUCUAUCGUUUACACUACAUACAUACCCCGAUACAACCUCAACUCCUCAUCUUUUGCUUUCCCGAGGCAAGGAACACAAGAAUUCUUCGAAAUCAACAUAUCUUCGAAAAUGCCGCCAGAACCCAAAAGUACCUGCAUCUCCUGCACCACUACGACGGCAAACUGUCAGAAGAUACUGAAGCAAGUGAUAAUUUCCCUUGAGAACGCAUCCGAGGUUUAUCGGAAAUUGGUUCCUUUUGUGAGUAGGUCUCAUGCGAGAUAUUUGUUGGGCGAUGAUGUAUAUGUGGUGGAGGGGCAGUUGAGGAGGGCAUUGGAAAGGCUGUGUGAGGUUGAUAUUGCUUCGGAGGAUGGGGGAAGGAUAUUGACGGACUUGGUUGGGCGUGAUGGAAGUGCGGAGUUAGGGAAUUUACCUCUUUUUGAAGUGGCUAAGGAUGAGAAGGAGAGAAUUGGAAUGAAAGGAUUGAAAAGAGAGACUAGAACGCGUCUUCCGAUAUUGAAUCUUGACACUGUGUUUUCGGACAUCAAGAUUCCAUUUGUGGAUUCAGCUGUAGAACUUAGGAGUUCCGGAAUGAUUGAUCAGGUUCUAUUGGAUGAUGAUAUCAUGGUUUUUGUGGAGGAAGAUUGUGAGCAAAAGGACAUCGACACGGAAAGGUGUAUGGAAUUAGCGCCUGUGCCAACUCACAUCACUCCUGAAUAUCCUUACCUGCUGAAGGCCAUUCGUUUAUGGUUAGAAGGAUUCUUCGACACGAAAGGAGAUUCUUUAGGUAUUCCAGAAUCUAUGGUUAGUCAGCUUGCUGGAUGCGAGAAAGACUUUGGACUCGACAGAUUACCCACAACAAGCUGUGUAUGGAACGCCGAUUACCAAAGACAACGAAAAGAAGUAUGGGAGAUAGUGUCAUUCUGGGGGCCUAAUCAACGGUCCAAAUGCAUAUGUGAACCUGGGGAAUCUGAUGGGAACGGGUUUUGUCAUGUAAAUCAUUGGAAGGAUCCUUAUUGUCCGAAGAAUAUGCCGAUAGAUUUGGAUUCACCUUCAGUGGAGUAUACAUGGAAUUACUCGGCACGACGAUGGAUUUAUCAUAGGGGGCCUGGAGCAAGAAUAGGUGGGCCGCCACCUCCUCCACCACCCCAUUUCCCAAGACAUGACGAUAAUGCAUCAGAUUCAGGAUCAGAUUCGGAUUCAGAGACGGAUGAACAAGCAGCCGAGAGAGUUCAGCGAUUAAAAAAAGAGAGAGCAGAAAAAGCAGAAAAGGCUUGGGAAGAAAUCAUGGGUAUGACUGGUUUGAAGGGAGUGAAGGAGCACGUGCAGAAGUUAAAAGCCAAGGUUGAAAGUUCGAUUAGGCAGAAUAUCGAUUUGAAAGAGGAGAGGUUUGGUGCAGUUUUUAUGGGUAGUUCGGGUACUGGAAAGACCACCAUGGCCAAAAUUUAUGCCAGAUACCUCUAUUCCAUGGGUAUCAUUCAACGGGAUGAAGUAAUUGAAACGACAGGGACUUAUCUCUCUGAUGGUGGCAUUGAAAGAACAAAAAGAUACAUUGAUAGACUAGCUAAUGGUGGUGUAAUGUUUAUCGACGAUGCAAUGACACUGGACGAUUAUAGCAACGGCACCAAGAUUCUCGAUUUUAUCUUCCAGGAAAUUGAUCACAUGAAAGGAUCUGUAGUUUUCAUUCUUGCUGGACAUGAAAAAGGAAUGCGGAAAUUGUUGGGUCAUGGAGCAAAGAGUGUCACCAGCUUGCUUCCAAACGUUCUUACAUUUGACGAUUUUUCGGAGUCGGAAUUACUUGAAAUCCUAAGCUCAUGCAUCAAGAAGAAGUUUGAUGGGAAAAUGGAAGUUGAGGGUGGAUAUAAUGGACUUUACAUGCGAAUUGCGGUAAAGAGGGUGAGUAGGACGAGGGGCGGCUCCGAUUUUGGUAAUGCCAGAGCUGUGGAGAAUCUUGUUGCCCAAAUUUGGGAGAGACAGUCUGCUAGAUUGUCUAAGGUUCGGAAAGAAAGAGCCACAAAAGCUGCUGAAGACGAAGCUACAAAAAAGAAAAUAGAUGAAGAGAGAUUCGCAGAAGAGAGCAAGAUUCGCGAGCAGAAUACCGGAGACAACACGCAAGACAAACUUCUGGAAGAAGAAAAAUCUGACCUGGAGCAGAAUUCUGACAUAGCAAAGUGUACAGGACAGGUAGUUGGUCAAGAAGACAAGAUAGAAGCGACAAAUGGUUCGAGUAUUGUUGUUGUGAAAGAAAACACCGACAUAUCUAAAGAUGGGAAGGCAACCAAGAGCGGAGAAAUGACGGAAGCAACAGGAAAACCACUUCGCGAGAAAUCGUCAAUGAAUGAUCAUAAUGGAGCAGAAGUUUUGGAACCCCCGGCGCAGGGCAUUUUAGUGAGUGAGAAAAAGACGAAGGAGAAAUCGAUUGUUGUAGUUUCAAAACCAGCAGAUCUAGAGUCGCCUGAAGACAUUGCAGAAUCAAACUCUGUAGAAGGAAUUAAAUCAGAGGAGCCCAAACCAGACGAAGACACUACAUUAUUGGCUAAGACAGAAGUCGUGGUAGAUGAGCCAGCACCGAUAGAGGAAACAGUGCCGGCGAGCAUUGAAAGUGAUGGGCAGCUCAAGCAAGUAGAUGAGGACUCUUCAAAAGUCGUCGAAAAUUGCACGGAGGAUCAAGCUAGAAAGGAUGAGACAUCUAACGGAGAUAAAUUGUCAGAUGAAGCACAGAAAUCACCCGACAAAGGUUCGGAUGCGGAAUCUAACACAGGAGAAACGCCAGUAAUAGACCCAGAAGACCUUCUAUUUACAAAAGAAGAUAUACUCGGUCCUGAUCCCUCUGCUGCUAUUUUAAACAGCGAGGCUUGGCAAGAACUCCAAAAGCUUAUUGGUUUAGAAAAGGUUAAAACUUCUCUGCUUACACUCCUCGAGCUUGUCAAGACGAACUACCAACGAGAGCUAGAAGAAAAGCCUCUGCAUCAAUUCACCCUGAACCGCUUAUUCUUGGGGCCAGCUGGAACUGGUAAAACUGUGGUUGCGAAAUUGUACGCUAAGAUUCUUGGUGAAAUUGGAGUUCUUUCGAAGGGUGAGGUGAUUUUUCGAAAUCCAAGUGAUUUGAUCGGACAGUAUAUUGGACACUCGGAAGCUAAUACUAAAGCUGCGCUUAAUGCUGCCAGGGGCAAUGUGUUGGUCAUCGAUGAAGCAUACAUGAUGUAUAGUGGAAAUUCCGAUGGCACGGGUAAUGAGAGCGACUCAUUCAGACAAGGAGUUAUCGAUACUUUGGUCGCUGAAGUGCAAGGAAAUCCUGGUGAAGAUCGGUGCGUUCUGUUGCUAGGAUAUAGAGAACCAAUGCUAGAGAUGCUCAAUCACUCGAAUCCUGGGUUGAGUCGAAGGUUUCCUGUCGAAAAUGCAUUUUCAUUUGAGAAUUUCUCUAUUGAUGAAUUGGGGAAAAUACUUCGCUCCAAGUUAGAACACCAUGUUCUUGAAGCAACAGAAGAGGCCAUCAAGGUUGCUAUGGACGUCCUUAAAAAAGCCAGCACCAGAUUGAAUUUUGGAAAUGGUGGAGAAGUAGAAAACUUGAUUGCUUCUGCUAGAACCAACUACCAGCUGAGGAUGUCGAAAAUUCCAGUAGAAGAAAGGUCUGCCAAAUGGGUAUUCCAGCCAGAAGAUUUCGACCCGGAAUAUGAUAGGGGUAGGUCUGCAAAUGCCAACCUUCUAAAACUUUUCGGGGACGUCAUUGGGUGUGAGAAUAUUGUCAAACAACUGGGGCAAUACCAGAACGUCUGGCAAGCCAUGAAAGCAAGAAACAUAGAUCCUAGGAAUUACAUACCAACGAAUUUCGUCUUCAAAGGACCACCGGGUAAGAUAUAUGAGCCUCGUCGCAAUAUAUAUCAGCCAGUACUAACAACUGUAUCCCUAGGAACUGGCAAGACAACUACAGCACGCAAAUUUGCAAAGGUAUAUUAUGACAUGGGAUUUCUCUCCGGUGAAACAGUAAUCGAAUGCUCAGCCAGCGACCUCAUCGGGAAAUAUGUCGGACAUUCAGGACCAAAAACAGCCAAAGUUCUAGAGAAAGCCCUGGGAAAAGUCUUAUUUAUCGAUGAGGCCUACCGUCUCGCUCCUCACACCGAGAACUACAGCUUCACAUCCGAAGUAGUAUCCGAGCUCGUCGACCUUCUAACCAAACCCAAGUUCCACGGAAAUCUGAUCGUCAUCCUUGCAGGCUACGAAGAUGAAAUAAACUCCCUACUAGCCGCAAACCCAGGUCUCGCAUCUAGAUUUCCAGAAGAAAUGAACUUCCCAGCUCUGACUCCUCUCCACUGUUUAAAAAUACUAGAAAUAAAAUUGCGUCUUGCCGGAAUCGCUAUUCCUAUUCUAAAUCAGACUGAACGGAGGGAAUAUGAACAAUUGCUGCGAUUGAUGACGCUGCUUACUGCAACGCAUAGCUGGGGAAAUGCGAGGGAUGUCGAUACUUUGGCAAAAGCUAUUUGUAGAUCUGUGUUUUUGGAGAUGCCGGUCCUGGAGCAGGGUGAGUUGGUUUGUUCGGUGGAGAAUGCUAUGUUGGCUGUGGAGGUUAUGUUGCAUGAGAGGAGAAGGAGGGCUUAUACGGCGUUGCCGCCUCCUAGGUAUGAAUAGGGAUUGAAACGGGAAUGAGAAAAAGAAAGGGAAAGGGAAUGGAAAAAGAGGAAGCUGAGAUUGUGGCUUGCAGGAACUGGGUAACUAAUUGGAGUUUUGAUGGGAAAUGAAUGACGGAUAAUAUAUGAUGUGGAUAUAAAGUUAUGAAUACAUAAUUAACAAAUUCUCAAUUUUG